GGGUGCCGGAGCCGGGGGGCGGGGAGGAGGAUGUAGGUGACGGAGGCUCCGCCCCGCUCGGGGCCGGGCUCCCCGGCGGAGGAGCCUGCGUUCGGCAUUGUGACGCUGGCGGGGCUGGAACACCUGGGGCGGCGGCAGCUCAGCAGGCCCCGGCGCGGGCUGUGGGGGGCGCCCCGGCGAGGAGGGGCCGCGCGGGGAGCGGGGCGCGCAGAGCCCUCUGCAUCCCCGGGCAAGUUCUAAGUGUCUGAAGAAAAUAAAGAAACAUGGAUAGCCAUAAAUACAGUUAUUCCAGGGAAUUUUAUGACCAGUAUGCUCAAAGCCAGGAAAAAUCUGUGGUCAAUAAAAUGCAGCAGAAAUACUGGAAAACAAAACAAACCCUUAUUAAAGUCACAGGAAAGAAGGAAGAUGAACAUGUUGUGGCUUCAGAUGCAGACCUGGAUGCAAAACUAGAGCUGUUCCACUCGAUUCAGAGAACAUGUAUGGAGUUGCUUAAAGCAAUUGAACUCUAUCAAAAAAGAAUUUGUUUUUUGUCUCAGGAAGAAAAUGAAUUGGGGAAAUUUCUUCGAUCACAGGGUUCUCAGGAUAAAACCAGAGCAGGAAAAAUGAUGCAGGCCACAGGAAAGGCCCUCUGCUUUUCUUCUCAGCAAAGGUUGGCAUUACGUACUCCUUUGUGCAGACUAUACCAAGAAGUGGAGACUUUUAGAUAUAGGGCUAUAUCAGAUACAUGGCUGACCGUAAACCGAAUGGAACAGUAUCGGACUGAAUACCGAGGAGCGCUACUGUGGAUGAAAGAUGUCUCUCAAGAAUUGGAUCCAGAUCUUUACAAGCAGAUGGAGAAGUUUAGGAAGGUUCAAGCACAAGUACGUCAUGCAAAACUAAAUUUUGACAAAUUGAAGACUGAUGUGUGUCAGAAAGUGGAUCUUCUUGGAGCGAGUAGAUGUAACCUCCUGUCUCAUGUUUUAACAACAUAUCAGACAACGCUGCUUCAUUUCUGGGAAAAAACCUCACACACCAUGGCAGCUAUCCAUGAAAGUUUCAAAGGUUAUCAGCCAUAUGAAUUCACUAUGUUAAAGAGCUUACAAGAUCCUGUAAAUAAAUUAACUGAGAGAGCUGAAAAGGAGGAGGAUUUGCAGACUGCAAGCACCAAAUCAGUGGAGGAUCAGGAGAGUCAGUUGAUUUCAUUAGAUGAGGAAAACCACAGCAAGGAACCAACCUAUUCAGCUGAAGAUAGGAAGGACAUUCUUUCUACCUUAGGAGAAAGCUUUGACCAUAAAGAUAAUUCAGGUGCCAUAGAUGAUUUAUUAGACCUGAAACCUGAAGAAAGUGCUUUUAAAGACCAUCUUGCAACCUCCCUGGAGCCUGAGUCUGGUAAUAAGGAUAAUAUGGUAUUGCUGAAUGAGAUCCUCAAUGCUUCCUCGUUGGAUGAGGGGGAAUUCAGCAGAGAGUGGACAGCUGUCUUUGGAGAAGACCCGCUCACUGAGCUCUCCACUGCCUCUUCAGGCGGAGACAUGGAGAGUGCUCCCUCAUCAGCGGCAGCACCCUCAGGCUUUCUUCCCUCACAGCUCUUAGACCAAAACAUGAACGAUUUACAGUCCUCUCUACAUGGCUGGGCAGCUAACAGAGUUAGCCCUUCAUCUAUACCACAGCCAGCACAGAAAUCAAACAGCCUGAAUGUGAACACCAACAAGAUGCCUGCGAAAGAACCUUCAAAGAAUCCUAAAGACCUGACUGCUUGGUUCAGUCUUUUUGCUGACCUUGACCCGUUAUCCAAUCCUGAUGCUGUUGGGAAAACAGAUAAAGAACAUGAAUUGCUCAAUGCAUGAGCCUGCGGCCUAUCGUAACUCUCACUCCUCCAUUCAUUAACACUAUCUUUGGGUUUAGAAGACUACAACAAAAUCAGUAUGCUGUUGUGAAACUAUAAAGUAUGUGCCAUUACAAUAAAACUAAAGGGAUUUAACCCCCUUUUAUAUAGGUACAAUUA